CCACUUUGUUAAGAAAUCUUGUACCAAUGAAACUUCUUCCAAGAAGAGGAUGCGUAUCCUAUUUGGAAUUUUGUGUUUAUGACACAUAUAUAUUUGCAUUCUCCAAAAAUAUGCAUGGUUUACUAAAAGUUGCCUUUCAUGCUUAACAAAGUGGUCAGGGUUUGUACCUAAUUAAUAUUUUGAUGUUGAAUUUUCUACUUUCUAUUUUUGUUUUUGUUUUAGGAAUGAAAAUUAUUUGUUUUCAAAAAUUGAAUAAAGCAAUUUUGUUUAAUCAUGCCUAAGAAUGAAGCAGAGUUAAAAUGGAUUUGUAGAAAAUGUACCUAUGGAAAUUGGCCAUCUUCAUCAAGAUGUGUUAUGUGCAAUUAUAUUCCCCAAAGUAGUAGAAGUAGUACAACACUGGAUUUGACUGACACAAUCGAUAGGAGUAUCGAUAAUGAGACAUUGAGUGAAGAAAUCAUAUGCACAAACGAUAAGAACGCUGUGUGUGGAGGUAGUGAUAAAGGUCUGAAAUGGACAUGCCCAUUGUGUUCUUACUUCAAUUGGAUGAAAGCUGAAUUGUGUAUUAUGUGUCGUUCUAUGAAACCAAAUGAAUUUAAAUUAGUGGAAUCAUUAAGAAAUAUAGAAAACAAUGGUGAAACAAAGAAUAAAGAUAGGUCCAAGAUAAUGUCACUUUUAAAAGGUUCAAAGUGGAUAUGCAGUAAAUGUACUUAUGAAAACUGGAAUAAAUCUUUGAAAUGUGUAAUAUGUCAUUAUCCAAAAAAUAAAUCAUAUAAAGACGAUAACGGUAGAAUGAAUGAGAAAGUAAGCCCUAACAAUGAAAAGAAUGUAAGGCUAAAGAAAGCAUCUUCUCCUCGCCGCUCUCCGCCUCGCUCACCAAACACAAACUCGAGAAAUUUUAAUGGCAAUAUCUUUGAUAUUACGAAACAAGAAGAUGAAAAGAUCAUUGAUUUAGCUUCAGCAAUGGAACGACUUCAUGCAGGCAGUGACAAUCAGCGCAUGAAUCAAAUACGUAACAGACUGUCUCAAAAAGACUGGAUUUGGCUUGCAGCAUGCAAGGGAGUUGCCGACCAUGAUCUCUCUGCUGUGUCCAGUUAUUUAGCACUUGGAGGAGAUCGCACUAGACAGUUAACAUUGGAUGACAUUGUUGUUCUCAAUGAACCUGGUCGAUUUGAAGCUGGUCACACUUUAGUUCAUUUAUCAAUUAAAUAUCAACGAGAGGACAUUUUAAGAAUGCUUUUAAUUCCUGAAGCACCCCACCGGUCUACAAGAAAGUUACCGUCUCACAUUUGUCCAGAACUUUCAUUAACAAUAAGAAAGCAAUUAUCACAUACAAUUCGAACUAGAAAAGGAGAAUUUCCUUGCCCAUUUUUCACUGAAAUAGUCACGUUUUCAUUACCAGGGGAAACCUUGGAAUUCGAUCCACAAAUACAACAUCAACUGUUUACAGACAUCUUGGAUAUUGAAGUUCGCAAAGUACUUGAAGAGGAGUCACUCAUUAAUUGGAGUAACGAGCUAGUAAAUCAAUACGGAAGCUGUUUGUAUCCAUUAUGGAAUCGUGCUGCUGGCGACUGUUUACUAGACAGUGUCCUACAAGCUACCUGGGGUGUAUUUGACAGAGACAAUACUUUGCGGAAAAAACUUUAUGAGGGGUUAUCUGAAGCACAUCAUAGAUUUUUCCCAAGAUGGAAGGAAGCAGAACAAAUGCAAGCUAGUGAGAUGAAUUAUUCGUUAGAAGAAGAACAAUGGAAGAACGAUUGGUCAAGUAUUGUUGGACUCGCUGCAACAGCAGGAAAUAGUUUAGAACAAGCGCACGUGUUUGCGCUUGCCCAUAUAUUACGGCGACCGAUUAUUAUUUACGCUGUAAAGUAUGUGAAAAGCUUACGUGGUGAAACGAUAGAUCUCGCUCGGUUUGAAGGUGUUUAUCUGCCCCUGUUAUGGAACGAAGACUUCUGUUGGAAAAACCCGAUUGCAUUAGGUUACACUAGAGGUCAUUUCUCCGCUUUAGUUCCCAUGGAACGUCCAAAAUACUCUAGUUAUGCAGGUGCUGGUGCGCACGUGGAAUGGAAUGAGGACGAUGCACACGUGUCGUAUUUACCCCUCAUCGAUCAUGAGGGACAUUUGUUACCUAUUCACUUUCUCACCAUGGAUGAGGUUGGACAAGAGGAGCAACUGCUACAGAAAAGGCUAGAUUGUUGCUUGACUGACGGAGGUAUUCUUGCGGCGAAGCAAAUCAUCACAUCGCGGCCUGCCUCAGUGAACCAGAUGAUAGACGAAUGGAUGAAUAGAUAUCGCAAGCUGCAAGUCGAAAUUUUAGAAACCAAAGGAGCAUUUAAACAAUAGCCUUUAGCUAUUUAGUAUGUGUGAUUUAGCAUGUGUUAUUGUGCAUUAGAUAGCUCAAAAAACGUUAUCGUUCCGUUCAUCGUUUCAAAUAUGUACAUGGUACAUUUAAGCUUUUGAGAUAUCAUUGUUUUGGUAUUGAAAAUCGUUUUGACUCGUGUUUAGGUUUUUUUUUAUUAUUAUUUCAACAGAUUUAUAUUUUUACUUUUUUUGUGUUAAAAACUUCAGCAUGUGGUGUAUAGUCUUAUUGCGUGUUGUACACAUGCGCACCUGUACAUAGUACUUUCCCGCUUAUGACAGUCUUGCUAAGUACAGGAUGGAUGUGUUUUCCUUUGUAUAGUUACUGCAAGGAAGCACAGAGAGUUCGCUACUUUUUCGUUAAAUAUUUUAUAAAGAUUUCAAAAAAAACAUUUAUCGUUAUUAACAGAUUUUCAUCGACUAGGAUCUCUUGGAUUGUAUCAAUGGCAAUGCAUUUUGCAAAUGAAUUUCUUUAAAACCCCAGAAUUCUUUGGUGGCGACUUUGACCCUUCCUAUGGUAUGAGAAUUAAAUCGGUUGUCGUAAUUUUUGUUACUGUUAGAAUAGGUAGUAGCGUUUGUUUAUAUGUGUUA